GCUAAAUUAAAAGAAGCAUAUAAAAAGAGUAUUCCUGCUCCUUCAAAACGCAAAAAUAUAACACCUCCAAAAAAUAAAAAGACAUCGUUUUCAACAAGAAGUUUUCAAACAGUAUUAUCUUCUAGUAAUAUGAUUAAUACAACCAACAAUAAUAACUUUCAACAAUCUUUAUUAGAUAAAAAUUUAUCUUCUACUGAAUCAUCCAAUGAAAAUAGUUCAUCUUUAAUUAAUAAGCAAACCACAUCUACUACUACUUUACCAAAUAGAGGAUUUCGGUCUACACCACCUAUAAAUAAAAAUGAUGAUAAUAACGAUACUCAACAAUCGUUUAAUAUAAUCGAAGAUAGCAAUAAUAAUAAUACUCAACCUUUUAAUGCAAUCAAAGAUAAUAAUAAUAAUAAUAAUAUUCAGCAAUAUUCUGGUAAGAAAAUAAUUGAA